GUUGCCCGCCGCAUUGGCCCACAUUGAUACACGAGUCUGAGAAUGAGAAUCUGCUGCGCUUACCAGGACCAGCGUGUCCUUGAACAAGUCGUCUUAAAAACUAAAGAUUUCUGAUUUAGUAGUCUCGUCAUGGUCAAGUCCAGUGUUAUUCUCUUGGUUUCGGCUGCCGCUACUAGUGCGCUGGCACUUCCCACCCGCUUUGUGGAUACCCUGCAAUAUAUCUUCGGGACUACAUUAGAUGUUCCUGGAGCUGAAAUUGGUUGGGCCGAUCCACGUCUCAAUGGUGGACGGUUUCUAGACUUCACGACUCCCAGAUAUGGCGAACCGCUCAAUGUCAUCAUAUCUAACCAGUCAGACCCCUUUAUUUUGACGGAUGCCGGCUUCCGUCUGUAUUACAAGUCCAUCGGGUUUUCCGAGGAGUGUUUAGGGCUUCAUUAUGGCCAUGUCCACAAGGCAGACCUCGGUGACGGCGAUAGUAAGAAAUCAGAGCAUAUUCUAGCAAGGCAGUACUACUUUCCCAAGUGGGGAACAUGCUGGGAAAGUAUAGCAGGAGGAAACCACUUCCGCGCUUGGAAGCAGAAUGGCUCAGAAAUCGAUACGGGAGCAUGGUUUUUGGCUGUCUCCAAGGAAAUGGACUCCACUAAAAACCAUAUGAUAAUUCCCAAUGGAUAUAACAUUGGUCGCGAUUUUCUCGUCGAAGCUGCCACAUCUGUCAGCCAUUGGAAUGGCAUGUGGUGGCAGGCUGACGUGGAGUGGCGCAGAGGCCUCCUCGAACCAGGAUACAAAGGAAUCAAUCACGGCAUUGCACAAGAUGGACGUAUUGCGAUUCUGACUGUCAAUCGACUAUGAUUAUGGUCUCGUAAUCAGUAGAUGUAUUAUUGUUAUUUUGGAGGUUGGUGUUGUGUUAUAUACCACGUGCAUAGGACACUACCGUGUUAUUUCUAAUGUAUCUAAGCACGCAUAACCGCCUGCAUGUUGUCCACCGCGCCAGCAUGAAUAUCAAUUAUGGUGCAAACUAUGCAAGGUAUUAUCACAACUGUC